UCAUCAUCUACUCAGUCACCGACACAGCAGAAGAAAGGCGGGCGCCAGAGUCAACAGCAGCCUACACCCAACCCUCAGUCGCUGACGAACGAAGCGUUCAAAGAAGUCGCGUGGCCGGCAUUUUUGGUCCCAACCCCUGAGCAAGUCCAAGACGCCGAUGACGCCAACGCAUGGGUAUUAGUCCAUCAGGGAUAUGUCCUUACCAAGACGCAAGCGAAGGGGGCUGAGCAAGAGAGGGAUGCCGAGGAACAGGCUUCUCGUAGGGCUAGGAAAACUACGCGGCAGAACGGUGGUGAUUCCGGUCCAGCACAGAGAAAGAGGCGGGACUCGGGCAUUUUUUUUUCCUCUCAAGGAAGUUCAGGCGUAGCAGAGACAUGA